GAAAAUAAUCAUUAACAGAAUGUAUCGAUUGAUUGAAAACGCAAAAGCAAAAAAUAAUAGUAGAAGAACGUACCAGUGCCAUUAAAGCUGUCCAUGCCCUGUAGGGGGCAUCAUGUCAAGAGAGAAAAAGCUUAGCAGAGUUACCUUUUACAGAGGCCCCCCUUCAGUGGGCAUGUAGUGAAAACGCAGAGUUCCAAGACAGGCAACAAAGGACAAACACAAACAUUUAAUGGUCACAUAAGUCUAAAGGAGUAGGACCAGAUGUUCCUAGGAGUAGGAGGCAAAACAAUUGUUGUCUGUUUCAAGUUUCUAAAUGCAGUUGAGCUUCUAGGUUCUUCACAUGCAACGGUUCUGGACAUAUUGGGAGAAAGCAAAUGCCCGAGGAAGAGUGAGGGAAAUGGGAGUCUUUUAGAACGGGGCCAUUUAUUAAACGACAUCGUUAAAUCCGCGAACUUGUUCCCCCCCUCAACGGGUCCUCUUUCCAUCUACCUUUCCUUUUUCAUCCCAACCGUUCCGAUUUCCGACGCCGAAGACACCAUGAUCAGCGUUCUAGCUCAGGAGCGAUUGCUGGGUGCUGCGCUGGGAAGCGCAUCUGUGGGGAUCGUCGUUUUGGAGCAGCGCAAACGGAUCUACGAUUCGAUUUCCGACGAGAGAUCCAAAAUCGCCACUCAAUCUAAGGUGAGUGGAAAGCAGUUUGGCUCAGACUUUGGUCUCCUAUGGAACAAAGCUGUGGACCAGAUUUUUUUGCCUGCAAUUGGGUCUCUCAGUUCGCGAAGAUGGUAGGGAUUUUAAAUGUAAUUCAUAGUCAGUGGUUUGAUUUGUCUAUUCUAUUCUUUGACAUAUUUAUACGUGCAAAAACCUGGGAUUGUAUCUCUUAAAUUUAAUGAAUGAAACCAGGAACUAGCUUCCUAAUGCUGGAGCUGUGUUCUAGACUUCUAAUGACCUUACUCAAUAAUUCAGCAGUUCUUUU